AUGGAUGAAAAAACAUCUUUAAUUUUUAAUAUGAAUAGAAAUACACAAACAGCAUAUCAUAAUGAUAAUGGUGUCGUUGUAAACGUGUACAUAAUGACAAUGGACGACCACCUUGUGGCUGUAAAUGCUAGUUCCGUGGUUUCAUUGUUACAUCGAUCGGAUUCUCCGGUACAAGCCA